AUGUCGCUUUCUAUCUGGAUGCAGUAUCAUUUGUACACAAGAACGACCCUCAUAAGGCAGCAAUUCAACCGAAAUCGCGAAUGUGGAGAAAGAAAGGUGAAGGGCUUGCCGUCACUGCGAAAGGCAGCAAAACUCUGGCAGGUGGGAGAUGCCUUCAUGUUCUUGCAGCCAUCACUUGGGGUAAAGGGUAUCAUCCUCAGCCAGGUGUACGAUAAAAUGAAUGGUGAUUUUUUAGCAGAAUUUAUCCAAAAUAACUUUAAUUUGUGUUUUGGAAAAGCAGGACCUAAAACCGGAAGAAAGAGAUUGCUGGUCAUGGACAAUGAUCCUUGCCAAACAAGCAAAAAAGCUAUGUUAGCUUUAACACAGAUUGAGUGUGAUCUUCAUCGCAUUCCACCGCGUUCUCCAGAUAUUAAUCCUAUCGAGAACAUGUUUCAUUUGGUGAAAAAAAAUACUGCAUAG